AUGGCAGAAAUCCGGCGCAAGCUCGUGAUCGUCGGUGACGGCGCCUGCGGAAAGACCUGUCUCCUCAUCGUGUUCUCCAAGGGCACCUUCCCGGAGGUCUACGUCCCCACCGUCUUUGAGAACUACGUUGCCGACGUCGAGGUUGAUGGCAAACACGUCGAACUGGCACUAUGGGAUACCGCUGGACAAGAAGACUACGACCGUCUCAGGCCGUUGUCAUACCCUGACUCCCAUGUAAUCCUCAUCUGCUUCGCCAUAGACUCGCCCGAUUCGCUGGACAACGUUCAGGAGAAGUGGAUCUCCGAAGUCCUACAUUUCUGCCAGGGUCUCCCCAUCAUACUCGUUGGCUGCAAGAAGGAUUUGCGAUACGAUCAGAAGACCAUCGAGGAGCUUCACAAGACAUCGCAGAAGCCGGUCACGCCUGAGCAGGCCGACGCAGUUGCAAAGAAGAUCGGUGCCGUGAAGUACCUCGAGUGCUCCGCAAAAACCAACGAAGGUGUCCGCGAGGUCUUCGAACAUGCCACACGCGCUGCGCUCACUACUCGGACCAUCAAGAAGAAGAAGUGCUUGAUCUUGUAG